AUGGUCGUUUCUGUCAAGAUAGUGUUGCAAGUUUCUUUAGAUAUAAGAAACAACAAAAGAAGGGCUGUUGUCUUUGUGUUGAAGCUGUAUAUAGUAAGUCGUCACAUGCUUAGAUUAGAGAUGUGCGGUUCAACAAUAAGAUCUCAGUUGAAUCUUGAUGCCAAAGGAAAGAUGAAAGUUGGUGGCAGAGAUGAUGAAGUCUUUUGCAAGGUAAAACUAGAAGCUUUGGAAAUCGAUAUGAAGUUUUUGCAAAUAGAAAACAGAAAACUGCGAAAUCAAAUAAGGAUGCUUCAAAGAGUCAACAUUGAAAAGUUGAAAUGUCAAGAAAAACUGGAUAUGGCGAAAAAGCACUGUUUGGAGGUUUUUUGA